AUGGCCUCGAUCGCGCGUCAGUCCCCUCUGCUGCGGCAGACCUGCCUCUCUGCUUUCCGCUCGCCGCUGGCCACCAAGAAUGUCUCGCAGGCCGUGGCUUUCCACGCCUCGGCGAAGAAGCAGAUCCUGCCUCCGUUGCCUCAGGUCAUCCACGGAUCCACGAACGACCCUGCCCCCAUCCCCAAGCCUCACCCUUCGGAGGGUAGCUACCACUGGUCUUUCGAGAGACUUGUGGCCGCUGGUCUGAUCCCUCUCACCCUCGCUCCCUUCAUUGGCGGCACCUUCAACCCCGUCAUGGACGCCGUGCUCUGCUCCUUCAUCGUUGUCCACUCCCACGUCGGAUUCCAGGCCUCGAUCAUUGACUACUUCCCCGCCCGCCGUGUCCCCAAGACCUUCUCCUUCAUGAACUGGCUGCUCCGUGGCUUCACCCUCACCACCGCCGUCGGUCUGUACGAGUUCGAGACGAAUGAUGUCGGUGUGACGGAGGCUAUCAAGCGGGUGUGGAAGGCAUAGAUGAACCCCAUUGAUAUCCAGUUUCUUUUUUCCCCGUUUCUGUCCUAUCUUUCUUCCCCUCGGAAUUCCUUUUUUUCUUCUGUCCAGGCGUUUUUGCCUCUGUAUAUGCUGUUUCUCUUGUUCGAUCUGCCAGCCACGCCGGCGAUUAGAGCUCUUUUUGUGUUGUGUAUUGAGCCGCUAUAAAAAAUGUAACUGAACCUGAUCUCGUCCUCUUCCCAUUCUAUCCAUUCCAUGUCCGUAUAGAGCAAUUACUCCUCAUCCU